UACCACCAUCAUUACUCACUACAGCAGGCUUGACCCGCCGAACGGAAAGUUGUGCCAUUCUGAGCAGCCACCCACGAUGGCCAAGGUUUUCACCGUACCGGAGGUGGCGAUGCAUAACAAGAAAGAGGACCUCUUCAUGAUCAUCCAUGGCAAGGUUUACGACUGCACGGACUUCGCCGACAAACAUCCUGCAGGGCAUGAAAUCCUUUUGGAAGUAGCCGGGAAAGAGGCCUCGGAAGCCUUUGAGGAAGUUGGGCACAGUGAAGACGCGAAGGCAAUGCUUAAAGAUCUUUUUGUUGGAGACUGCAUCCCUCCGAUCUCGUUGACUGUGAAGCGUGCAUCGCACGGUAGCAAUUUAGCUCGGCUUCGAAAGGAAAUAUGGUUAGGAGUCUUUCCUGUCGUGGUGCUGGGUGUUAUCGGAGGGCUUUAUGCACAUAGAUUAUUUGGGAAUGACCACGUAUCAAGAACGUAAAAGGGCUUAUUCACACAUAAUGUUAUAUAUACUCUAGAAAGAUUAUACGUCAUCUAAUGAAACCGGCGGAGACAGUGGCGAAGAUCCUAG